AUGUUCGUAUUGGCAUUGCUUGAGGAUACAAUAACCAUCAAACCUCAUGAAUUAGGGAAAGAAAUUGGAUCAGUUGUGAGACGUCGCAUUAAUCAACGUCUUUCGAAUAAAAUCGUCCCUGAUUUGGGUUUAUGCAUAUGUGUAUAUGAUCUACUCGAAGUUGGGGUCGCUUAUAUUCUACCAGGAGAGGGUAGUGGACACACGAGGGUGAAGUUCCGACUGGUGGUAUUCCGACCAUAUGUUGAUGAGGUGAUUCAAGCUCGUGUUGUGUCUUCAACAAGUCAAGGACUCACACUUUCAGUGGAGUUUUUCGAAGACAUUACAAUCCCUGCUGAGCGUCUACCAGAGCCGCAUGUGUUCGAACAGAGUGAACAGAUAUGGUAUUGGGAAUAUCCAUCGGAAGAUGGAGAGCCCCCUGCUAAGCUCUACAUGGAUCCUGGCAAAACUGUGCGAUUUCGCGUUGUGGAAAAUAUCUUUAAGGACGUAAAACCGAAUUUGACACCAGAAGAAGCUCAAAAAGAAAAGUCCUAUGAAAUCAUUGGCACAAUGGCUGAGACCGGUCUAGGCUGUGUAGCCUGGUGGUCGCCAGGGGGCGAGGAUGCUGUUGAAGAAGUAGAGGACAUGGAUGAAGAGUAA